AUAUCUUGUAGGAAAUUUCUUCUUCAUCAUCUAAUUCAUUUGAAAUUUGUUCUUGUGUAGAAAGGUUGAAUCAAAGUGGAUGUGUCGCGCAAUUAAAUAUUGUAACGGAAUUAAUUUUAAAUUAACUAUAAUUUGGAGACAGAAAUAAUAUUUUUGGAAUACUUGGAAAAAUUAGUGGUUUGUUGUUGUAUUUGACCUUGACAGAUUUGACACAUAUUGCUUUUCAUAUAUGACAAAGUGAAAAAAGUAUAUAGGAAAGAAAUUUUCUAGAUAACAGCUGUUGUUGCCGCCAUUCAUACACUUGCCUGAAAUAUUUUGAAAUAGUAUUUACUGUUUGUGUUUUAUUGCUUGAAAGCACAAACUGAUAUAAUUAAGCAUCGGCUGUGGUUAAUUAAUUUAAAAGGUGAUAAUUUAUAUUAUUGUGUGGCUAUUUCAUCACAACAAUAAUGGUUGAGGUAAACUCCAAGAUCUGCGAGAAUGUCACACACUGCAUUUUUGAUAUGGAUGGACUUUUGCUUGACACUGAAGGCAUUUACGAAGAAAUCACAAGGCAAAUAGUUAAGCCCUUCGGUAAAACAUAUCCUUUUGAAGUGCGCGUUCAGGUUCUUGGCACAAACGAACGCACAUCAGCUGAAAUUACAGUGAGGGAAUUAGAUUUACCAAUAACUGUUGAUGAAUUUUUAGAGCAAUACCACAAAUUGUGUCAAGAAAUGCUGGGAAAUACUCCCUUAAUGAAAGGCGCUGAACGUCUGCUGCGUCACUUGAGUAAACACAAAAUUCCUAUUGCAUUGGCUACAAGCUCUGCUGAAAAUAUGGUAAAAAUUAAAACCCAAAAUCACCAGGAACUUUUUAAUUUAUUUCACCAUCGUGUUUGUGGAUCUUCUGAUCCAGAAGUUAAAAAUGGCAAACCAGCACCAGACAUUUUUCUGGUAGCGGCUUCACGUUUUCCGGAUAAACCUCAACCAAAAAAUUGUCUGGUUUUUGAGGACGCACCAAAUGGUGUACAGGCCGCAUGCUCCGCUUGCAUGCAAUCUGUUAUGGUGCCCGAUGAGCAUAUACCUCCUGAGAUGCGUAAAUUAGCCACAAAAGUUUUAAAGUCACUUGAAGAUUUUAAACCAGAAGAAUUUGGUUUGCCACCGUUCCAAGACGAAUAAAUUAAAGAAUUUUAUUCAUAACAACUACAAACAGUCCCUUAAAUAAUAUAAAUAUAUAUUUUCAGAUAAAUUUAGCAAAAUAAUUACUUUUAGAAAGUAUUUUUGAACACAAUAAACUAACAAACAAAUCAUUUGUUCCUUGAAAAUGUUAUUA